UUUUUAUCCAAUUUGCAGGUCAACCUAUUGAAAUUUGCACUUUCCAUAAGAGCGUACUCUCCAACUGUUCAGAUGUUUCAACAGAUUGCAGCUGAUGAACCUGCACCAGAAGGCUGCAGUGCAUUUGUGGUGAUCCAUGAGAAACACACCUGUAAAACCAAUGAAAUAAAAAAGCUUCUGAAGAAGGCCACUAAGCGACCCAGACCUUAUCUUUUCAAGGGAGACCAUAAAUUCCCAACUCUCAAAGAGAAUGGUCCAGUGGUUUUACUUUAUGCAGAAAUGGGUACAAAAGACUUUGUUAAAUUCCACAAGAUUUUAUCUGAAAAGGCGCAAAAAGAGGAAAUUGUUUAUGUUCUCCGUCAUUAUGUACAGAAACCAAAAUCCAGAAAAAUGUAUUUAUCUGGAUAUGGUGUAGAACUUGCCAUAAAGAGCACAGAAUAUAAAGCAGUAGAUGACACACAGAUUAAAGGAACAAAUAGCACAUCAGAAGUGGAAGAUGAUGAGGAUGAGGAGGAUAGUGAUGUCCAAGGAUUUCUCUUUGGCAGAUUGAAACAAAUGCAUCCUAAUCUGAAAAAUAAUCUCAAAGAGUUUAAAAAACAUCUAAUUGAAACUACUAACAACAUGGAGCCUCUGAAGGUCUGGGAGCUACAGGAUCUUAGCUUUCAAGCAGCUGCUCGAAUUAUGUCUACCCCUGUUUAUGAUGCCUUAAAGGUAAUGAAAGACAUAGCUCAGAACUUCCCAAUAAGAGCCAGAUCAUUGACAAGAGUGUCUGUAGACAAGGAACUGCGAAAUGAGAUAGAAAAAAAUCAGAAGCAUUUUUAUGAAAUACUUGGAAUUCAACCCGGAGAAGCACGCCUGUUUCUAAAUGGCCUUCACAUCGACAUGGAUUUUCAUGAUCCAUUUAGUAUCUUAGAGACUCUCAAACUGGAAGGAAAAGUGAUGCAUGGUCUUCAUGAGCUUGGAAUCAAAGGGGAGAUCCUGAGUAAAUUUAUGAGAUUGCAAGUACAUCCUGCAGGUGACAGUUAUGCCCUGGAUAUUCGUCACUCUUCGAUAGUAUGGGUUAAUAAUAUAGAAAAAGAUCACAGCUAUAGCACAUGGCCUGCAAGUUACCAGGAGCUGCUUAAGCCAGCAUUUCCCGGAGUCAUACAGCAGAUCAGGCGCAAUUUGUACAAUUUGGUACUUUUUAUUGAUCCCAUCCAAGAAGAUACAAAUGAUUAUAUGAAACUGGCAGAAUUGUUCUCUCAUCAUAAUGUGCCGCUUCGGUAA